AUGGGAAAGGAGAAGAUCCACAUCAACAUCGUGGUCAUUGGCCAUGUCGAUUCCGGGAAAUCCACCACCACCGGGCAUCUCAUCUACAAAUGCGGCGGCAUCGACAAGAGAACCAUCGAAAAGUUUGAGAAGGAGGCUUCGGAGAUGGGGAAGGGUUCCUUCAAGUACGCCUGGGUCCUGGACAAGCUGAAGGCCGAGCGGGAACGUGGUAUUACCAUUGACAUCUCACUGUGGAAGUUCGAGACAGGCAAAUAUUACAUCACCAUUAUUGAUGCUCCAGGCCAUCGGGACUUCAUCAAGAACAUGAUCACUGGCACCUCCCAGGCUGACUGUGCAGUACUUAUUGUAGCUGCUGGUGUGGGUGAGUUUGAGGCUGGUAUCUCAAAGAAUGGUCAGACCAGAGAGCAUGCCCUUCUUGCUUUCACAUUGGGAGUCAAACAGCUAAUUAUUGGUGUCAACAAAAUGGAUUCCACAGAACCACCUUACAGCCAGAAAAGGUUUGAAGAAAUAACCAAAGAAGUUAGCUCAUACAUCAAGAAAAUUGGAUACAAUCCAGCUACAGUAGCAUUUGUGCCAAUCUCAGGAUGGCAUGGAGACAACAUGUUGGAGGCUAGCAAGAAGAUGGCAUGGUUCAAAGGAUGGAAGAUUGAUAGGAAAGAAGGAAAUGCCAAUGGAGUUACACUGCUUGAAGCUCUGGAUUCCAUUAUUCCUCCCAGCCGACCCACAAACAAACCACUGCGCCUCCCUUUGCAAGAUGUGUACAAGAUUGGAGGCAUAGGCACAGUUCCAGUUGGAAGAGUGGAAACUGGUGUCUUGAAGCCAGGCAUGGUUGUGACAUUUGCUCCUGGAAACGUGACUACAGAAGUAAAGUCUGUUGAAAUGCAUCAUGAGGCUUUACCAGAGGCCUUACCUGGUGACAAUGUAGGAUUCAACGUCAAGAAUAUUUCUGUAAAAGAUAUCAGGAGAGGCAAUGUAGCCGGUGAUAGCAAGAGUGACCCUCCAAUGGAGGCUGGAUCUUUCACUGCUCAGGUUAUCAUUCUCAAUCACCCUGGAACAAUCAAUCCUGGCUAUGCCCCAGUAUUGGAUUGUCACACACAGCUCACAUAG